AUGAUCGACGAACGGGUCCUCAAUGCCCUCCUCCUCACGGGGCUGGGUGCUGCGGGUACCGCUCUGGGAGGACUGAUUGUCGUCUUGCAACCCAAAAUGCAGUUCAAGCGUCUUGGAUACCUGCAGGGCCUGGCUGCGGGCCUUAUGCUCUGCAUCUCUAUGCUGGAUCUGAUGCCGGCAGCUGUGGAGGAAGUUGGUUUCGCGGCUGCCAACGGCUGGUUCUUCGCGGGAGUGGCCUUCUUUGCCGCUGUCGUGCACUUCAUCCCCGAGCCAUCCUCUGAGGGGUUGCAGCUGGACGACGAGGAGGACAAGGCGGCGGCCGCGGCGGCCGGGCGGAAAGCAGCGGAUUCAGCAGGGACGGCGGCGGCGACAUCCAAGAAGAAAGACGACGGUCCGCGGCGCGUGCUCCUCUCCGGCCUCAUCACCGCCAUCGGCAUCGCACUGCACAACUUUCCGGAAGGCGUCGCGGUCUUCCUCGCCUCCAUGAAAUCACACGCCGUGGGCGCAUCCCUGGCCUUCGCCAUCGCCUUGCACAACGUGCCGGAGGGGGUCGCCGUCGCGCUGCCGGUGUACUUCGCCACCGGGAGCCGUACACGCGGUUUCCUGUACGCCGCCACGUCAGGCCUGGCGGAGCCGUUAGCGGUUGUGGUCCUGGCGGUGUUCUUUCCGACCAACCUCGACCGCCAGCUUGUGGAGAAGUUGUUGGCGGCUGUGGGCGGCAUUAUGGCGUUCCUGUCCAUCUCGGAGUUGCUACCUCUGGCAUUCGAGCACGCCGGCCGGCAGCGUGCGGUGAUUUCAUUGUUCCUGGGCAUGGCCAUUAUGUCCGCCAAUUUAUACAUCCUUGACCACUGGCUAGGGCAUGACCACUGA